UGACGUCAGUCUUCUGAAGAAGAUGGCGGCGUUGGAGAAGGCGGAAGUGUCGCAGCUCGGGCCGCAGCUUUUGCGUGUGUGAGCGCGGCCUGCUAAGUGGAGGAGUGCUCCACCCUCACCAUGAACAACAAGGAGAGCACCACCGAGUCUGAGAUGAAGGUGUUUCUGCCCAACAAGUUGCUUGAGUGUUUACCCCACACAACCAUCCUGCCCAAAGAACGACUGCGCUGGAACACAAACGAGGAAAUUGCAUCGUAUCUGAUAUCCUUUGACAGACAUGAAGAGUGGCUCUCUUGCACCCUGAAGACAAGACCACAGAAUGGCUCCAUCAUUUUGUACAACCGGAAGAAGGUGAAGUACCGGAAGGAUGGCUACUGCUGGAAGAAGCGGAAGGAUGGGAAGACCACACGAGAGGAUCACAUGAAGCUGAAGGUGCAGGGCAUGGAGUGUCUGUAUGGUUGUUAUGUCCAUUCCUCCAUCGUCCCAACAUUCCAUAGGAGGAGCUAUUGGCUGCUGCAGAACCCAGAUAUCGUGCUUGUGCAUUACCUGAAUGUUCCAUCCCUGGAGGAUUGUGGGAAAGCGUGCCGGCCGUUGUUGUGUGCGGUUGCUGACCGUCGGGACAAUCUGCGCUGGAGCCGUGAUGAGCUGCUGUCCCAACUCAGGCCUAUGUUCCACAGCAUCAAGUGGUCGUGUGGCAGUGGCGCCAACGGCACAGGCUCGGCAGCGGAACUGAGCAUCGAGCAGCUGGUGCAGCAGAUCCUGGACUCCCAGCAGACCAAACCGCAGCCCCGCACACACACCUGCCUGUGCAGCCCUGCAAUGGCCUCUGUGGGAGGUAACAUUCCUCACCGCUGUAACAGCACCAAGCACCGCAUCAUUUCCCCCAAGCUCCCGGCCCGGCCGUCCCCAUACCCGGCGCUCACCGAGGUGCAGAACCUGGCCGCUGAGAGCCCGGGUGCCACGUCUAGCCGCGACACCACGGGACUGGCCGAAGCCUCCGUGGCCGCCGAGAGGAAGCCCUUGGCCCACGGCAGACCGGCGGUAACCCAGGACAACCGGGCGACCGCGGGCUCCCCGAGCUCUUCCUCGUCCUCGUCCUCGUCCUCAAGCCCACCCCAGACAACGCAGCAUGCCCCGGCGACGGUGGCCCUGGGCAACGGCAAUGGUUUCUACGGCGACCAGCGGGCCCGGGGCCUGGCGACAGUGGCUCUUCCCCAGAACGCGGUGAUCGUCAUGACGACGGCGCCGCUCCCUGGCAAAAGUGGUGGCGUUGGCGGCUCCAACGGAGGGGAGGAUGCUCAGGGCGAGCGUGUGACGUCGCGCCUCUCACUCACGCCAGGCGGACGCCUGGUGCUGUCGCCCGUCCCCCCCAAGCCCGACACUCCCUCUCCGCCGACUGUCGCCGUCGGCAACCCGGCCAGCCCCGUGCCCCCCUCGGCGUCUGUCUCCCAGACGCCCGGGGUCGCGACCCUCUCGCUCACGCUCCUCCCCAGCCCUGUGAUUGGAGGGCUCCUGCUGACGGACCGCCUCCUGUCCGAGGCCCCCGCCCCUCUCCUCCAACCCCCUCCUCUCUCCUCCACCACUUCCUCCUCUUCCCCCUCCUCUUCCUCCCCCUCUCCUUCUCUCCUCCCUCCAGCUCCCCCUCCUCCCUCGCUCCUGCCCCCACCUCCUUCCCCUCCUGCACUCGUCUGCUCUCCUCCCUCCGUCCCGCUGAGCUUUGACCCCGACUCCUUCCUCAACAGCCCCAAGCAGGGGCAAACCUACGGAGGUCCCGCCCCAGCCUCCGCCCUCUCGCCUUCCUCCGCCUCUCCUCAGCCCCCGUCGCUUGCUCUCUCGCUCUCCCCUUCCUCCCCGCCCUCCUCUCUCUCAUCCCUCUCUUCAGACACCGAGCGGAAGAGCGGCGACCGGGAGGCACACCCCCUCGUCACCUCCUCGGUGUCCUCUUCCUCCUCCUCAUCCUCCUCCUCCUCUUCUCUCUCUCCGCCCCUGUCGAUGGCGCUCUCUCCGUCCCGCUCGGCCCCUUCGCUCCUGCCGCUGUCACUCGAGGCCUCGCUGGGCUUGGAUUCGCUGACACGGCCCCUAAGCCCCACCCCGGACUCCCAGCAGCCGCCACCAAAGCUCAGCCUGAUUCGCCGGAGCUCAUCCCCUGAACCUCUGGAGCUGUCGCCACGACAACCUUGCUCUGGAGAUGGCCAGAUGAUGGUGAUUGGACAGGAGCUCCACUCCCCCACCAAUCGGAUGUCGCCUCACCAGAAGCCCGCCCCCCAACUCAUGCCCAAUCAUCAAAAGCCUAACCAGCUGUCAGCCAAUCCGAUUUCAGCUCUCCAACAGCCAAACCACCAACUCAGCCAGCUGUCCACCAAUCCACUCCAAAGCACCCAGCUGUCAACCAAUCAGCUCUCACCCAAGCAGACACUGACCAAUCAGACGCAGGCAGAGCGUGAGAGUCAGGCUCAGGCUCAACUGCUGUUGCUGCAGCAACAGGGGCACAGCCGACAGCCGGCCGUCCUCCCGACGGCACACGGGACGCACGCUUUCACGCACUCGCUCACACACACCUUCGCCCACUCCUUCACACACUCCCUCCCCCAGCCGUCCGGCGUCGCUCCCCGCAACAUGCACCAGUGUCCACUCUCCAUGCCCGCAGCACACACACACAUGCACGCCCUCACACACUCACCGCCGGUGUUCUCAUCGACCGACCUAGGAGUGCGGGUGAAGGAGGAGCAGUCGUCACCCCUCUCACGCCCGCCUGCCGCCGGUAGCGGCGGCGACGACGACUUUGAGAGUGAGGAGACGCCCAUGGACACCCACGUGGCCCCCUCUCCGUCCACCUCCCCCUCCCCGUCCCCCACCGAGCACGUGCACCCCCACCACGCCCACGCCCACGGCCACCAGCAGGCGGUGGAGGCCGAGCUCUCGUUCGACAGCGCCUUCCCGGAGCUCUCGGAGCUGAUCACCGCCGAGGCGGCGGCCGCCGCCGCCGGAGUGGGCAGCGGUGGCAACAGCGGCGGCGUGGCGUCGGCGGUGUUGGUGGCGUCGGCCGGCGCCGGACCCGAGGUGUUCCCGGAGCGCUACGUGGUGCCCCCACAACCCUCGCCGUCCUCCGCCUUCAUCCCCUUCCCAGCUCACGCUGCCACCGCUGGCCCCGGGGCGGAUGCCCACGGCCGGCCCGCCAACAUCACCGACUUCAGCCCCGAGUGGUCUUACCCGGAGGGUGGUGUGAAGGUGUUGAUUACAGGCCCCUGGACUGAAGCUCGGGGCCGCUACCUGUGUGUGUUUGACCAGACCACCGUACCUGCCUCACUCAUCCAGCCUGGGGUGCUGCGAUGCUACUGCCCAGCACACGAGGCUGGGCUGGUGGCCCUGCACGUUCUGGAGGACUCUGGAGCCGUCUCCUCUUCUGUGCUGUUUGAGUACCGCGCCAGAAACGCAUCAUCACUGCCCAGCUCUCAGCUCGACUGGCUCUCCCUGGACGAUAAUCAGUUCCGUAUGUCCAUACUGGAGCGCCUGGAGCAGAUGGAGAGGAGGAUGGCAGAAAUGUCCACUACCCAGCAGCAGCAGAGCCUCCAACAGCUAUCCCAUCAGCCCGUGCAGCAAAGCGCGCCACCGCCCACCGCCGCCACAUCUGACGAGGAUACACAGUCGGGCCCAUGGUUUGAGCGGCGCAUCGUGGGGGUGUGUGAGCGCAUGAUGGCAGGAGGGAGGUGGGGAGGCGGAGGAGGAGGAGGUGGCAGUGAGCGCCUUGUCCACUCCGUCCGCCACCGUGGCAUGACACUCCUGCACCUGGCCGCGGCACAGGGAUACACACAGCUGAUACGCACACUCAUCCAGUGGAGGAGUGUGAACUCCGACAGCCUGGAUCUAGAACAGGAAGUAGACCCUCUGAAUGUUGAUCACUUCUCCUGCACGCCACUGAUGUGGGCGUGUGCUCUGGGCCACCAGGCGGCAGCGGUGCUGCUCUACCGCUGGAGCUCCGUGGCGCUGGGCAUACCCGACUCGCUGGGCCGCCUGCCACUGGCCGUGGCGCGCUCGCGCGGGCACACGCGCCUCGCCCGCUGUCUGGAGGAGCUGCACGCGCACACCCAGCGGGCACAGGCCGACGCCAGCGCUAUGGCGCCGGCGACGGGACCCGUGCAGCAGGCGUCCGAGGAACAGGCACACCAGCCGGAGCUCGCCAUGAGCACGCACCAAGUGCCGGCUACGCCACCACAGCUGCCGCCCUCACCGCUCUCCACGAGCCCAGACACAGGUCUCAGCUCAUCCAGCAGCGUCCCGUCUCCCAGUGACCCUCCGUCCCCCUCCCCAAGCUCAGCGUACUCCAGCGGCUCCGUGCCGCUCGGCUCCCCGCCCGAGAGCCCGCCGGACCCCAUGGACACGUCAGCGCCCUCCUCCCCCUCCUCCGCCUCCUCCUCCUCCUCGCUCCCCUUCUCCCCCCUGCCCUCCUCCCUGCCGCUGGGCUGGGCGCAGGCGUACAGUGGCGGGGGGGUUCGAGGCUUGGCCCACGGGCGGCCCCCGGGUCCCAGGAGCGGCGCUGGCGCUGGCGGCGGCUUCUUCCUCAUGGACUACGAGCCGGCCUGCCCGCUGUCCCCACCGCCGCCCGCAGUGUCCCGCUCACCGCCGUUGCGGGCGCACGCACACUCGCCGUUCACGGCGCACGCACACUCGGAGUUCGAGGCGGAGUUGCUGAAUUACAGCGAGAAUGUGGAGAAUGAGGAAUACCUGCCCGCAGAAGUACUGCAGGUUGACAUGGCAACACUGGCGGAGCAGAUCAUCGAGGCUACACCUGAGCGCAUUAAACAGGAAGAGUUUCCUCGAGGGGCCGAGUCCCCGCUGAGGGAGAGGCAGGACAACUCAGCCGCCAUCCACGACACCAUGCCCUGGUUGGCCACUUACCUGGACACAGUGGACACAAUCCCUGCUCUGUCCCCUCCCAGGUGUGUGUCGCGCUCCCCGCAGACGCCGCCCUCUCCACUCAGUGCCCUGGCUCUGCAGCGGCUCCGGCCUCCCAGCAGCGCGGCCUGGGCAGAGUUCCUGAACGCCUCGGCCAACGGGAGGAUGGAGCGCGACUUCGCCCUGCUGACCCUGACGGACAGCGAGCAGAGGGAGCUGUAUGAGGCCGCCCGCAUCAUCCAGAACGCCUUCCGCAGAUACAAGGGGCGACGGUUAAAGGAACAGCAGGACAUGGCUGCAGCGGUCAUCCAACGUUGCUACAGGAAAUACAAGCAGCUAACAUGGAUAGCACUGAAGUAUGCGCUGUACAAGAAGAUGACACAGGCGGCCAUCUUGAUCCAGAGUAAAUUCCGCAGCUACUACGAGCAGAAGAAGUUCCAGCAGAGCCGGCGCGCCGCCGUGCUCAUCCAGCAGUACUACCGCAGCUACAAGGAGUACGAGCGCCUCAAGCAGGGGCCCCGGGGGGCCGGGCCCCUCAACCCAAAGAUGAAAGGCACAUUUCUGACUAAGAAGCAGGAUCAGGCAGCACGGAAGAUCAUGAGGUUCUUCAGACGCUGCAGGCACAGAAUUAAGGAAUUGAAGCAAAGCAAGGAGCUUGAGAGGAGGGGCCUUACAACCUAAGUCUCACAUGAGCCCACACAAACACACACACACACACACACACACACACACACACACACACGUGAAUGCACCUUUACACACAUACACCCAAACAUAAGCAAAUGCACCUUUACACACCCUUACAAGUGUAUCUAUUUACUGACAAUAUGGUUUACACCUUAGCACACAUUACACUUGGACACACAUUUUUGAAAAUGUUUGCACAAACACAUAAGAUGCACUCCUUGACACCUCUACACACACAUACGCAUACACAUAGGAACAGCUCCAUCCCCUCCUUUCACCAAAAGGAAAAGCGAGGGAUGACCACUAGCACUCUUCCACCUGCUGGACUCUUUCUUCCCUUCCUGUCUGACUUCAGCAGCUCUGCAUGCCAAAAGAGAGGAGCUGUCCUCAUCCCUCUCUUCCUACCCUCUUCUCUGCAUCUCUCCAUCUUUACACAGCCCAGCCCAGCCCAGCCCAGCCCUGGCCUGCCCUGCCUCCCCCUCAUGCCCUUGCUUGUGGCUUUGCCUUCACGUGUGCGGUUGCUCCCCGGAGAUGCUGAAUGGGAGGAUGAACUGGGAGAGGGAGAGAACUGCGAGAGAGACAACAAAAGACAAGCGCAGAGAUGACGAAGACUGACUGAAAGAGUGUGUGUGUGAGAGAAAGACAGGGAGGGAGGAGCGUGGGGUGAAGUUGACCCCGAGCCUUACUGAGAUUUUCAUUGUCGGAAACAGGGGAGUGAGGAAAACAAAAAGCAAAAGAGAAAGAGACUGCAGACUAUCGCUUUACCUGCUCAGACUUGUUUGGAUUUAUUUCUUUCCAUCGCAGCUUUUCACAGAAUGUAUUGUACUUUUGAAGUAUACAAAUCUUACGAAACCUCUAUAAAAACAUAUAUAUAUAUAUAUAUAUAUAUAUACAUACAUAAAUAUAUAUAUAUACCCAUCCAACAUAUAUAUAUAUAUAUAUAUAUAUAUAUAUAUAUAUAUAUAUAUAUAUAUAUUCUACUUGAUGCGUAUAUAUUCUGAAGAUGAUGAAUUUCUUGAUGUCUUUAAUAUUGUCUUAUUUAUGGAGAAAUAUGAGGCAUGUUUUCUAACUCCGUUUUUUGUUUACUUCCCUCUGUCUGGUGGGGGAGGGGCUAAAUUGAUAGUGUGAGUGAGAGAGAGAGA